UAAAAUGGAUCGAAUAUGAGGGUUUGUUCGAGCGCGUCUAUCCCUGGCGCCUUAAUCCAGUCCGUUUCAGAUAAAUUGAAUUUUGAUUGGUUCAAAAAUUCUCUACCUACAGAUAGUCGAGCAGAUGCAAUUAUUGUGGAGUAUAUGAGUACGCGACUUGCAGGCAUUCCCGUGAGUUCAUUCUGGCGAAAUGUGAAAAUCGCACGCCCGGCUGCAGCACCGCAGGGCCAUGUGUCUCCAGGCUCUCUUCACAUUGGCCGCAAUGCUCAUGGUGUUUCAGCAGCGGCGACUGCAGCCUGAGGUUCCGAACCCCGCAAUGAUUGACAGGAGGGAUUCGAUAAUACGUAGCCGAGCAGCCAAGCUCCAGAGUCCCUGAGCUUUUCAAGAACUUGUCCAAGAUCGGCUGUCAAGAAUCAUGGACUGUUUUCAUCUGCCUUGUUUUCUGUCAAGACACCAUGAUUCCUGGUAACCGAAUGCUGAUGGUAAUUUUAUUAUGCCAGGUCUUACUGGGAGGUAAUGCUAGUCUGAUACCAGAGGAAGGGAGGAAAAAGUUUGCUGAGCAAAGCCAGGCGGGUGGACGUCGCUCUCCGCAAAACCAUGAACUGCUACGGGAAUUUGAGGCCACUUUACUCAACAUGUUCGGACUGCAACGGCGCCCACAGCCCAGUAAGUCCGCUGUCGUCCCCCAGUACAUGCUGGAUCUGUACAGGCUGCAGUCCGGGGACGAGGUCACUCACGACAUUAGUUUCGAAUAUCCUGAGAGAUCCACAAGCCGGGCCAACACCGUGAGGAGCUUUCACCAUGAAGAACACUUGGAGCUGAUGCCAGGGCAGAGAGAAGACUCGCAGCUCCGCUUCGUGUUUAAUAUCAGCGUGGUGCCUGAGAACGAGGUGCUGUCUUCCGCAGAGCUGCGGCUUUUCCGGGAGCGAAUCGACAGCGUGUGGGACCGGGCCGACGGACUCCACCGUAUCAACGUGUACGAGAUCAUGAGAGCCCCGAGCGAGAAGGGCGAGCUGAUCACCAGGCUCUUAGACACCAGGCUGGUCCACCAGAACAGGACACGGUGGGAGAGCUUCGAUGUGAGUCCGGCGGUACUCAGAUGGACCAUGCAAAAGCAGCCCAACCACGGGCUGGCCGUGGAGGUCACCCACUUGAACGGGUCAAAGAGUCAACACGUCCGGAUGCGCCGGUCACUGCAGCAGAGGCAUGGCGACUGGUCGCAGCUCAGGCCCUUGCUUGUAACGUUCAGCCACGAUGGCAAGGGACACGCUCUAACCCGGAGGGUGAAACGGAGCAGCAAGGGCCAGAGGCGUAAGAAAAACAAAUCGCACUGCAGGAGGCACUCUCUCUAUGUGGAUUUCAGCGAUGUGGGCUGGAACGACUGGAUAGUGGCACCCCCUGGUUACCAAGCUUUUUACUGUCACGGGGACUGCCCGUUCCCACUGGCGGACCAUCUAAACUCUACCAACCACGCCAUCGUGCAGACCCUGGUCAAUUCUGUCAAUGCCAACAUCCCUAAAGCUUGCUGUGUCCCGACGGAACUCAGUCCCAUCUCAAUGCUCUACUUGGACGAAUACGAUAAAGUUGUUCUGAAAAACUAUCAGGAAAUGGUUGUAGAGGGAUGUGGGUGCCGCUGAGAAAUAAUAAGAAUUGAUCAUUUUUUUAAAAAAAUUGUCUGGACACUAUUCAUAACAGCGUUCACCAUUACAUUAUUUAUGACUUAUGUGCAAAUGUUGACCAUAUGAUCAUAUAUUUUGACAAAAUAUAUUUAUAACUACAUAUAAAAGGAAAAUAAAAAUGAGUCAUAUUUUAAACGUAAAAUAAAUUUCUGUACAACGUCUUUGUUAACUGUAUAUUAGAAUGUAUAUGUUUAAAUUGGAAUAUAGAAAAAAUGUUCAUAAAUGUUCAUGAAGUGUACUAUUUAUUAUUUUUCACCUUUUUGCAGUUCAGUUCACAGUGUGGAAGUGUUUGCAGAAUUACCUAUCUAAAACUGAGUUCUCUCAGAGGAAACGCUUUAAGUAUUGUCGUGCCUUUAUUGGGAAGCUGAUUGUUAUUUUUUUAAAAAAGGUGUGAACGGAGACUAGCAUACAUGAAAAAUGUCAACAAACCCGGUCCUUAUGCUAAUGGCUGUAUAUGGGUCUCUUUGGUUCGCUGGGUAAUUAUUGGACAGUGAAUAGCUGGGAAGGACAGGGUGGUCUUGCAAAAGAUGCAGUAAAAAGGCUGGAUCUCCUUUACUGUUUUCAGACCUGUUUUGUCUUUCAUGUCCCUGGCAUUUCAGACCCUGUGGCAGGAACACCUUGACGCAGAUCAAACAGCUCCUUGCGCCAAACCAGAAGUCAGAUUCCAAUUAACAGUGUACCUUAAACUAACACUUGUCAAAUUUCUCUCGUGAUUAAACUUUAAUUUGCUGAAAUCUCUUUUUAGUGAGAAUAUAGUUGUCACCAGGGGUUACUGUAUUACAGUGUUUCUCCUUUCAUCUGUGCCCUCCUCUUCCCCAGCCCAUCCCCCUCCAAAUAAAAAAAAGGGUUUGCCUUCCAGCAAAUCAUUGUCAAACGAAUGGGAGGAAGGUAGCGGGAGGGUUAGCAGAUGUUAAUCAAGGCUGCAUGCAGCCUUAAUUUUUUGGAGAUGUUGAAAUGCAGACUGCUUAGGCCCAAAAAGGGUCUAGCUGGCUUGCAAACUCCAGAGGAAAGCUGCAAGAGUUGCCUCAGCCUGUGCUCCCUGGAGUGUGCAGGUGGAGAAAGCGGAUCAGGCCCUCAGGCAAAACUCAGCCGUGCUCCGCAAUUUACUCACGGCCCUGUUAGUUUUCAACUGUGGCCAACUUGGAUAAAUCUUUAAAAAGGAUCUGAUGAUUGCAUUCCCUCAGGAAACAUUUGUUUUCGUUCCACAUCAUAUCUCCUAAACUGUAUACCAUGGUGGGGGAGGGGGGGCGGGGGGGAAAGCGACUUUCAUGUCUGAAAUAUUUAGGAAUGUAUUCCAGCCCUUAAGUGGUCUGGUCUGCCUUGGGUCGCUCCACACAAGUGACUUUGUCCUUUUUUUUAAAUGACUACAAACAGUAUCGAAUUGUAUGUCAAGUUUAUUCCUUUACACUGCUUUUGUCACGUGGCAUCGGAAUUACGCGUCGACAUUUUCUUUUAAAAAAAUGUAAUAUUCGCAUUUGAAGUUAUUAUACAUGCUACUGUUGUGUUUAAGAGGAAUUCAAAUGUUAGCCUUUGUUGAACAAAAAUGGAGGCAGGAGACGAUGUAAAUGCCGAGUUGGUUUGGUCAGGUACACGCUCGCAGGCUGAGACUGAGUUUACACCAAAACUCCAUAUGAGGAAGGCAAGGCGCCUGCUCCUAUUUCGAAUUCAUCCUGAUUUUUAUCUUCAGCGUUUGCCUGUGCGUUUUAUCUGUGAAUUAUAAAUAUUUAGUUAAUAGACGAAUCAUUUCUAUUUGGAGUUGAACCCCUCUGGAAUAUCUGUAAAGACAAUCCUUCUGAUGGCUGGAUAGUAAAUGUUACAUUUGGAUUCAAACCCGUGAUUGAAGUCAUUCCGCAGAACUGCUACUGUUGCAUAUAUCCAUUUUGUUUCCUUAUGUUUCUGUCCAGAAUUUUGUUUUUUUUUUGAAAAGGAGCGAAAUUAUUCUCACUAGAUUCAGAAAAGGAAUGAUUGAGGGAAAAUUCCGUUGUAUUUUAUAGAAGCGCUUUGAUUCUCAUGUAAUGGUAUCCUUGAAACUUGCCCCCAUUUCCUUGGUGCCCCGGCUCCAUAUUGAUCCAAUUAUAUCCAUCAUCUUGUCCAAAACAAUCAGAAAGCAUCCAGAAGGUGCCGCUUCACUGAAUGAGAGCAGCAGGAACACCCAGUCUGCCACACUGCUGCCGAGUUAGCAACGCCUCCCCAGAUCUCAGCCUCCUGUGAUAGUUCCAACACAAGAAAACCUCUCACUCAAACUCACCGUCUCCCAGUGGCCGUGCCUUUUUGUUCGGAGCUUCCAAACUGACCGCAAAGGAAAUCAGUUCUCCCUUCUUCCCAACAAUGGCUGUACCUGGACUAUCUCUUAGAAAGGCGAUUGGCCCGAGGCGGCGAUCUGCUUGCCUUCUCUUUGACGCUUGCAUAUCGGGCAGAACCAAGCCGAAGAAAGAAUUUCAUUUUGAAGUGGCCAUAAGCUGAAAGGGGAGUGCUCUUCAGCUGUUUGACAGCGCAAUUACAGACAUUUCAACUGAUAGGCUUCAUUCAGAUAACAUCGCCCUGCCAUUACCAAAUCUGGAACGGUAAUUGUCUGCUAGUUCAUUACUCCAACACUCAAUUCUUCCAGCUACAUGGAAAUCAAGUACACAUUUAUUAAAACGCUUCAGGAAAUGAAGCGACAGCCUUCCUGCAUAUGUGCAUACCUCUCUAGACUUCUUAGCGCCAUAAGCAAACGUUUGAAGCUAUGUAACUGAUUGUAACAUUACACUUCUGUAUUUCAACUUUAAUCUUGGUUAAAAUAUAUCUCGUAUUCUUUAAGUCUUACUUACAGAAGUAUGUACACCCAAAUCGAAUCAUUAUUUUGUUAAAUCACUUCAGUUUCAAAAUCGCUCCUUUGUUCCAAUCUAUUCCACUCAACAGGCUCCAACAUGUAGAAAGCUGGUUUAUCUCAAACUUACCAUGAACUGUCACAGUAGGCUUUUGCGGGAAAAUAUUUGUUUUACUAAACGGUAGAUGCUCAGUUUUGUCUUGCAAGGGCACAUUGAGACUAAACUUACUUUUGAUGUGUGACAGUUAUCAGGUAUAAGUUACUUUGCAUAAUUAAUAAAUGAUAAACAACAAAUCAGUUUCGCAUUGUACAAUGUGGAAGUCAUUCUAAAAUUGGGACUUCAUUCAAACACAAACAAGAGCAGCCUUGUAAAACUGCUACAUUUCCAAUAAAGAAUUCAUGAGCUGCAUUGAAGCAGAGAAACUCGGAACCCACUUGGAUUCCCUUCUGUGCUGCCAUCAAACUCUAAAGAAAAAUCAAUCAAAUGCUUUAAUUUGCCGUAUUCUUGAUUGAGUUUCAAUACCAUGAAAUAAUAAGCUCCUGUUUUGUACACAAAAGUAUGGUUUGGUUUUGAAUUUAGUUCAAAGGAUAAUGGUAGUGAAGGUGAAAGUGUAUUGGCAUACAAAAAUGAGAGAUGUAUUUUAUCGGACUCCAUGUGAGACUUUGCAGAUUUUAAAGUUGAGAAAUCUGGGUAAUGAAUGCAUUCAAAUAUCAACAAUUUCAUUUAAUUCUUCCUUUUGAUGGAAAGUAUCAUAUUCCUACUAUAAAUUAGUCCUUUUUUUCCCAUUUAACAUCAGGUCUUACAAUUUUAUUUCAAAGGUUAGCAAUGUACUUUAAUUGUGGUGAGCCAGUAACUUUCAAGUUAGGAGUUAAACCUCACAUCGGCAGUAAAACUGGCUUGAAGGUACCUUGGAGUAUUGGGGCACAUUUCAAAACUACCUACAAUAAAUUUAAAUAAUCAGUUGAUCCUGACUCCUCAAUCUUGCUGCUCUGUUUGAAAUUUUAACUAUUCAAGUGGAGCAUUGCAUUUUCUUAUAAACGCAUGCCCCAGAUUUCUCCUGUGCUGAAUAUUUAAGUUUUAGUAAUGUGAUAUCAUACUGCUGAUACAAGUUAAGAGAUUGACAGUUGCAAUGAAAUGGUAGUACAAGAUGUAUGUGUGACCACAAUUAUUCAUGAACAUAUUCUCAUUAUCUGGAAGCAGCUGUCUGCACAGAGGUACAUUGAGAUUGGUUUUCAUUAGCCUUCAGUGUAAAGAUCCCCUCUGCUAUGUUUUCACAAAAUUCUCUACCUGAAUUAAUUUGUUAGCACUUUGCUUUUGAGAUAACUUACAAAAUCUUAAGAGAAGGUAAUUUCCAGUGAUUUCUCAUGGAGCACCACCAAUGAUACAUACUUUAUCGACAGAAAAAAUUAUUACCAUUACCUAUCAAAUGUUUACUUUUGUAGUCGCUAUUUAAAAAGUUCUAAUUUGGUAAAUCCAAAUCCACAUGAUUGAUUAUAAAUGCCUGCAAUUAUUUGUUUUGGUAAAAAAUGGAUUCAGAAAGUAUGUGUGUGAAUUGAUGACAUGCAUAUUUAUGAGUCAGUAAAUAAAUGAGCCAUUUAAAAAAAAUAA